GAGUGUGAUUAUACAACUAUAUAGUAAUACAUGUGGAGCUUCCUUAAUCUAUGUUUCACUCAUUGCUAUCGUUUACUUGUCCUGUUUCGGCUCGAAUACACGGCACACAUCAGAGAAAUACCUUUAAUCAAGAGAAGGCUAUAUAACAAACAAACAUGGCAGAUUUCAGGAAAAAGUACCCCACGUUGAUGUUCACUCAGUUCUUGCUGGUUUGGUCUGUUGGGCUGGUGUGCUGUUGUCUCACGGCAAUAUUAACUAUCUAAAAGACCACAAACUAUAGCAAAACUAGGCAAAUUUAUGUGUUUACCUGCCGUGUAUUCCCCACUGCGCAUGCGUGGUGGACAGCAGAGCGACUUAUUUCUACAAGGACGUAUUUCUUGCAACAACAGCGGUGGCGGGGCAGCGAAGAGGGGGAUUAUUAUUAUGUAUUACCGUGUGUCAGGGAGGGAGGCGAACGAGGGAAGGAUGGGCGGUGAAAACAGAGGAACGUUGAUGAAAGGAAGGCACGGAGGAUGUCAGGAAUGAUGAUAAAUGAAGGCAACAGAGUACUUAACAAAUAUUAUGUGGUUAUUAGUCUUUGGAGAGAGAAGGCUGAACCGGAAAGUUAAUGAAAGGAAAGCAAGGAGGAUGUCAGGAAUUAUAAUAAAUGAAGGCAACAGAGUACUGAACAAAUACGAUGUUCAAGAAAUUUGAAAAGCUCAGUGAAGAAAAAUUAUAAAUAUCACAGGAGAAAAAUGUCCACCUGGAGGAAAGAGAUACAGGGAUAGGUGGUGGCUGCUGACUAAGAAGUCUAGACAGUUACUCUGGUAUCCUUGCUGCCGUAACAGGCAGCCUGCAAUGAACGCUGAGGUGUGUAGGUGGUGGAAUGCUGGCAUGAAGGAUGAAGAUGAGCAGUAAAGAAUGCACCGCUUGCACAACCAACACACAGAUCAACAAGACUUCAGACACACUGGACAUGAAAGGAGACGCACAAGCUUUGAGAAGUCAUGAAGUAGAUGAUUUAGUAAAGGUGGGAGGUCCUCAGACAGUUGUUACCACACUGCCCACAGAAGUUGGGUCUCUAGGAUCAGCAAAUCAUAUUCAUGUUCAACUUUUUGAUGGCCAAGUCAUUCAGAUAACAUCUGCACAGCCGGAGGAGACUGAGGCUCAAAGAAAAGAGUGUGAGGCUAAUAUGAAACAAAGCGAAAGUCCCAUUGUGACAGGAGACUUGGGGUCGAGUGAAGGCACAGUGACACUCCUCACAAGUAAUGGCAAAACUUACAUAUUACCACAACCAUUAAGCUCAGCAGAAGAUGGCAGAUACAUAAUAUCAAAUGAGGUACUGAGCACAGAAGGAGUUCUGCAUGAUGAUGAUUUGCCUCAAGAGAAGCAAAUAUUGACCAUCUCACCACCACCGCCACCCUCACAGUCUGCACUGAAUUUCUCCUCCUCUGUUGCAAGCCACCUUGAUGCCCUAGCCAUAGCAACAAGUGAGGUGUUCAGUGAGGAUUAUGAAUCUGUUCCUCUGCAAACACAAAAUUCUUUGGUUGAGCAAUCAAACACUUACAGAUUUAAAAAUCCAAACAUUAAAAGUUCUCAGGAAAUGAAUGAUAAAAUUUACACCCAUGCAAGGGAAGAUUACCCAAGGAGUUCAGUGUUACCAGAUGCCAGGAUCAUCACAAUCACUGCUUCAGACAGUAGAGGCAGUGAGGCGAGGGUAGAGCAAAGAUCUUGCUUCACAGAUAAAGGAGCAUUAAAAAAGAAUAACACUAGUAUAUUACCCCAGAAAAAGAAAACUACUGACCUCUCUGUGCCAAAAUGUAAAGCCAGAGAGGUGAAGAACUGCAGUGAGGUUGGGCAAAUACAAUUAGAUUCCACAAGCUGCUCUCCAACAUGCUCCAAAUGGGUUGGUGUGCAGGAUAGCAUGUCUAAGGAGUUGAAAGCAAUUACAGCUGCACCAAAAGUCUCUGCUGUAAAGGAGAGAGCUGGGGAAGCCAAAAUGUUGGAUGUAGUCUGCACAAAAGCAGUGACUGAAGAAAGGGAAAUGGACAAAACAAAUAUGCAAAUAACAGACUCUGAAAAUGUCCAAGAUGGUUCCUUAAAGUUUGAAGUUCAAGAUAUGAAAAAAUUACGCCGUUCAUCUCGAAUCAGAAAAGUCAAGAAGAUUGCAAACAAAGAGGAGAGUGAUGUUGCAGAGGGUGCUGGCACCUGUAAGAAACGAAAGGAACUAAAAUGGGAACCAUCCUCAGCUCUCUGGGAAUGUGGCAGCUGUGAUGCAAUGUUCAGGACAAGGGUCAGCAGAGACCGUCACCGGCAGGAAGGGCACGCCUUCACCUGCUACGUGUGUGGCUGGGAGGGCUACAGCAAGACCAAGUAUGAGGCCCACGUUUCCAGUGUCCACUGUAACCAACAGGCUCGAUGCCUUGCCUGCAGAAAAGAUUUUCCAAGCUAUGACUCCUACAAGCAGCACAUGGAGGAGACACAUUCCACCACCCCUGCUACUCCCACAUCAACAUCCACUGUCACUUCCAUGGCCACCACUACCACAACUACCACAGCCACUCCCACCUCUCCUGUUGGUGCAUCUGCUGAUAUCAAGAUGGAAGUGGAGUCAGAAGCAAGACUAGAAGAUGAGGCGGAGAAAGAGGAAUCACAAGGCAGACUAAGCACAGAAGAAAAACAAAAUUCAAUCAACACAAAUUUAAAGGAUUUUCAUUCAUAUGGUGAGCGGAGUUGUCCCUACUGCAGCAAAACCUUCAGACGUCGCAGUCGGUUCCUGAGGCAUCUCAAUUAUCAUCAAGGCAAGAGAACUUACAUGUGCCGAAUCUGCACUAAAUGUUUUGUGGAGAAGAGUGGUCUUCGUGCACACCUCUUGACUCACUGCCCCAUCAACAAGGAGUGUCCACACUGUGGUAAAUUGUUCAAGACGGAGCGCACCAUGACACGACACCUCAGAACCCACCUCAACCUGACUUACACCUGUGAAAUAUGCAACAAACAGUUUCGUCAUGAGGAAUCACUCAGGGUGCACAAAUCAGUUCAUAAAGAAGGAGGAAGUGGAAAUAUCUGCACUGUAUGUGAAAAGGACUGCAAAACUCCACACUACCUUCAGCUGCACAUGACCACCAAGCAUGAGGCUCCCAAAUUUACAUGCCAGCAAUGUGACCGCUCCUUCAAGUGGAAGCAGAGCUUUCGCAAGCACAUGGCCACUCACCAUGAUGAUUCUUGUCUGAAGUUCAAGUGCAGUCUUUGUCCAAGGCACUUCAUGACCAGCUCAGAACUACGGCUUCAUCAAGUUGUCCACAGCACUGAGAAAAAGCACCUGUGUGACAUAUGUGGUAAAGCCUUCAAACACGAGUACACACGUGACAAGCACACCAAGACUGUCCACCGAGAGGACCGGGAGCACAUGUGUCCCCAGUGUGGAGCCCUCUUCAAGGCUAAGGCAUACCUGGACCAACACCUGGCACAUGUACACACCACCAAGGAGAGAGUUGUGUGCAGGUACUGUGGUCGUGACUUCAAGACAGAGGCCAAUUUAAGAAGUCACGUCAAAGUUGUGCACAAACCUCAGAACCCGAAGUACACUUGUAAAACCUGCCAUAAGACGUUUCUAGCGCCAAAGGAUCUACUGAGGCACUCUAAGGUCCACACUGGAAUCAAAGAUUACAUGUGUCCUAAGUGUCAUCGAUGUUUCUCUCGCAAGGACAACAUGACAGCUCACCUCCGCACCCACAUCACAUCUCCAAAUAGCCCUGACUCUCCUGCAGAGCCAGACAUAGUGGUCCCAGGAGUUGUCAUGUCCCAGAACAGUUGCCAUGCAGGGGGAACUUCUGAACUGCCUCAUGUUAUAAGCCUUACAUCAUCAGAUGCAUCAAAUUUACCAUCCGCUUCUACCAGUAACAUUGCUCUGCCCACUGUUUCCACUUCCUCUGCCAAUAUUGUCCUUUCAAAAAUUUGUCCAGCAAAUAGUAUUGUUGUGUUGUCUGGUGAACCUCCAUCUGAAACUUCUCCAACUUCUUCAGACAUUACUUCAGUUUCUGGGACUUCAGUCACUGGUUGCAGGGUUUCCCUUACUAACUUACCUGUGUCCUCCAUGGCAGAUAUCCCCAAUAUGCCAUCAUCUUCCACAGGUAGCAUAAUUUUGUCCACUGUUCCUGUUUCAUCAAUAUGCAAUGCCAUUGUCUCCACUCCAUCUACAUCUAAAAUUGUUUCAAGUGAAACACAGUCAGACAGAUUGGCACAUUGUACCCCCAGCAAUUUGUCACACAGUAACACAUCCCCAUCUGAAUGCAGCCUGAAUGCAAUCAGUUCUUCCACAUCCUCAUCCAUCAUAAACCUGAGACCCAGCAACUCAGUGCCUGCUAGUGAAACACACACAGACCACCAAACAUACAAUCUUCAUCCUCACCUAGUUGUAUCAUCUGCACAUCAUGGUUCUAACAUACCCACACUUCUUACUGCAUCCCCUGUCCCAUCAACUAUCCUUUCUCUGCCACCUUCACACUCCACAUCAUCACCAGUCCUUGUGUCCCAGAACAAUCACACACAGAUGGUGUGCUCCACAUUCCAGGGUGAGCAGGUUGUACUCACAGCUGGACCAUUGACACCCAUCUCCAAAGUUUCAAUACAUGAUGGUAGUCCUCCUCAGUAUACACAGCUUGAUCCACUCAGCACCUCAAUCUCCUCAACCCCUGCAACAAGUAUGAAUGUAACCAUCAGUCCUCUGAAUCACUCUGCAUCAAGUGCUGCCAGAAACCUUAAUGUCACACUAGGAACAGACGUGCCUCUCUCGACCGAUUCUGCAUCUCACGCUUCAUCAGUUGAAGGGAUUGUCCCAGGUUCCACAGAACCUGGGACAAUCCUUCCAAGUUCUUCCAUCCUACAAGAGGCUGCUCUCAUACUUCCAGAAAAGUCUGGCCUAUACACCAUUGUGGGCGAGGAAGGGAAGAUAACCUCCAUGGAGACCCUCACCCUACAUCCUGUUCCUCCUCCUCCAAGUCAUUCAGAUUAACAAUACUGUGGUUCGACUCCUUGUUGGUCUGUAUUCUAUUCUACCUUUUGUUUACUUUCAUAAUAUUAGUUGUUGGCACUAUUACUGUUUGUCAUCAUGUUUUGCUAUAGUCGGUAUCAUGAAAGCUCGCGGGGAUAAUCCUUCAGGGAGGGACUCGUGGACUUGGUGUCAUUGCUUGGGUGAUGGUACUGCGCGCUCAUUAGCCAAUCCUUAACUUGUUCCAACGUGCAGGGAAUUGACUUUGUAUUACUUCUAAAAUCAUUUUUGAGUCGUAAGGUAACAGAUUGCACCGAUAGAAACUGAUGCAAUAAUAUGCAAUGAUAUGCCUUUUGAACUAAUAUAUAGAUAAAUCUGAAAUGCCAUUCAUAACAAAACUAAGUCAAAACUGCAUGCAAAUGGACAACAUCCAGCGACUGAAACUGCAAGCUUGAUAUGUUUAACCCGUCAGCUGCGAUUGGCAUGUAUUUGUCUUUCACUGGUAGCCUGGUAACAUCAACUCUCACUCAGGUCAUCUGUCUCUGUGGUGGAUAGUGGAGUGUUUCCCAUGUGGUAUUGGUAUGCUGGAUAUUCCCCCCAAAGGUACAUGACUGCAUUUUUCUUUAUCAAAUUGUAGCAGCCACUUUUGUUCCAUUCCUGUAGCUUGGUGCUGUCUUCUUGUAGCAAAAUCCGAACUCAAGGGGUUAAAGCCUGCUAAGGUUAGGCUUUUCCCUACUUUUCUCACUACUACAAACUUUUAGGGUAGUCUAAACAAUGUCAUUCAUUAACUCAUUUAUUGUAAGAUUUCUUGGCAUACUUUUAGUUCUGACUUAGUCAUAACGUGUAGUGAUGCUACGGUCAUAACGUAAACAUUGGCCUAAGGCAAGAACUUUCUCUUCUCUUUCACUGUGCAAUCAUUAAUCCUGAAAUAUAUUUCCAUAAUUUGUAGGUAAUAAACUAAUAAAUAGCCAUAAGAAAGAGCAAUUAUAAGAAUAACCACAUUUAGAUACCAACAGUGCUGAUUUAAAGAGGUAGCAGAGAGUGAGAUAUAGUAGGCUAUGUCAUGGCAAACAGAAAUAGCCCCAGGUCAGAUCUAGUAAACAGGCCAGUGAGCGGCACAGAGACCGUCACCCAAGCAAUGAUGCCAAGUCCGCGAGUCCAUCCCUGAAGGAUCAUCCCCGUCAGCUUUCGUGACACAAACUAUAGUAAUUUUUACAAAAGAUACAUGGAAAAAAUAUAAAUGUAUAGCACUGACACUCAAAGCACAACUUGAUUAUGAAAAUAUCAAUUGUCUGAUAUUCUUUAUUUAAAGUCAUGUUAGCGGUCAUGAUACAAAAUGUUGAGAAAACUUAACACAAGGCAUGUUACCAUAACACUUUGUGCAUGAACAUUACACUGCCACAAACAAGGAAGAUGCAAUAACCAAAACUUAAUGGGACAAUAAUUUUAGUUUAAAAUAAAGCUGAUUUCCUAAAUAGUAAAACAGGGUCUAACAUGUAGUUGAUAUAACAGUUCCCCCUAAAUAUUAGGGAAUAGUGUGUGAAGGAUGAUUGGUAGUGGCCUGGCCUUCACUUCAGGAUUACUGACAUCUUCCUUGAUGCUACUUGGUGAUUCUCACAAACAUAAUGCAUAUAAACUAUUGAAAUUUAACUCACAAUCUAAUACAUCAGGCUGAACCAGUUUAUAGUCAGUACAAUGGUUGUGACAGUCAUUAACUCCAUAAGAUGCCAACCAGCAUCAAAACUGCUUGUCAGUAACUAGUUCUAUUGGUGUGUUACCAGAUGCAAGUUAGUGUUACAUAAAAGAAAUAUGAAAUGCUCUGCAAAUUUCAGCAAAGUUUAGAUCCAAUCCAGCUGCCAGACAAAAAUUAUGCUUAUCUCCUUACAGGAACUGUAUGAUGUUGCAAAUCUCAAUAAAAAAAAAAAAUGAAAAAUUUGCAUAGAUGUUUAGUGAAUAUCUAUUGCUUGUUACUGUUUCUUCAAUGAUAAAAUAACAACUUGGAAAUCAGAAUUAGUGCAGUCCCCAAGUGCUUCCAAGUCCAUGUUUUGAAAAUUUUUCUCAAAUUCUGAAUUAUUCAUGAUAUAAAAAUAUAUAUUUCUAUAACUCAUACUGCUGUAUAUAUUAUCCAGUCAGUCCUCUUAAGUCACUGAAAGUUUUUAAGUGUGCAAUAUAAUAUAUAUACACAGUUUAAGUAUUAUGCUUAUUAAAAAUACAGUAAAAGUCCUUUAAUUUGAAUAGAUGUGGACCUGCACCCAUUCAAAUUAGCAUUUUUUUAUUAUUAUUAUUUUUUUUUACUUGACAAUACCCCAAAAAUUAUUGUAAACUCAUAUAGAUAAUGAAUCAAAUUAAAUAAAAAUAUGCUGUAUCUUACCAGUGAGCAUAAAAUUUCAUAACAUACAUCUGUGCAAUAUAAGAGUGCUCUAAUAGUAGUAAAUCCGUAGUUAAUGGAAGGGAGGGAGGACUACGGCACAUACAAGAGAGGGAGAGGUGGUAGGGCAUACCACGCAAACAACAAGUUCAUGCGCUGGCAAAUUUUUCCAUAAAAAAGUUAUCUACCUCAACUCUGCCAUACUUAGCAUAAAAUUUGAUGUGCCUAUGGUAAUCAAGAUAAUCUUGUUGGAGAAUCUUUUCAUUAUUCUUAAAUUGACUCAAUAGUUGCAGUAAAAAUCGAUUACAUAAUCAAAGGCGGUAGGAAUUUUUUUUCAUCUAUUCUACUUAUUCUUGCUCUAACUUAAUUACUGUAGCCUCUCUUUACCUUUUGGAAAAAAAGUUUCCAUUGAGAAAACAAAAGUAUAGAGGUAUAAGGGAAAUUAUGUAGUAAAGAAGUAACUGCAUAUGUAUUAGUACUAGAGCAUUCUUCAAUUGCACGAGUUGUUAUUAGAUCAUGAUCAGCUUUGUGGUAAGGCAUUAAGUACGACACCCAAGACUGCCAUACUAUAAGUGUUGCAAAAUCUACCGCGCUAGGGAAUGAGGUGUGCUUCACAGAGAUAAUAAGAAUUACAUACUUGACAAUAAUAAAUAAAAGUGUAGUGUAACCCAGGGGAUAACAUUCUAUCACCAAUAAAUUAUGAAACUAUG